AUAGCCUUAUCGUGUGAAUGAAAAUAACCCAAGUCCCUCACUAAUCCCUGCCUAUCCUUUUUAUCUCAGGAUUCAGACCAGUCGGAGCAGUAUGGAGCUGUGAGCCUGUACACCACCACGAUGCAUCCCAUGCCCCGUUAAACGCGAGCUGUAGCGCCUUUUUUUUAAUAGUAGUUUAGCUGCAUAGCGUUUAGUAGCUUGCAGUAGAAAAAAUGAGUCGACAUUUUACUGCUGCUUUUUGUCUGGCUUUAGUUUUUCUUCCUUUGCUGAGCAGUUCAUGUCCUGCACAAUGCAGCUGCUUCUUCCACAAAUUAAGCGACGGAUCAAAAGCAAGGAGUGUACUUUGCAAUGAUCCAGAGAUCACUGUGGUUCCUCCAAAUUUUCCCAUUGACACAUCGAAGCUGCGCAUUGAAAAGACUGCAAUCACACAGAUUUCAAGCGAUAACUUCCACUACCUCAACAACCUGGAGUUUCUGUGGAUGUCUUUCAAUUCACUGAAUUCACUGAAUGUUGACAGUUUCCGGGGUCUUUACAACCUGGACGAGCUCCGGCUGGACGGCAACUCCCUCACCUCCUUCCCCUGGGAGUCUCUGACUGAUAUGCCAAACUUGAGGCUCCUCGACUUACACAACAACAAGAUCUCCACCAUCCCUGCCGAUGCCACUGUGUACAUAAAGAAUCUCACAUAUCUGGACUUAUCCAGCAACACUUUGACAACCGUUCCUGCUGAAGUUCUCACAAUGUGGCUGAGUGUGAAGCCAUCCCAGGACACAGAUUCUUCCAAACUAAUUCUCGGUCUCCAUGACAACCCGUGGAUUUGCGACUGCCGGCUGUACGAUCUGGUCCAGUUUCAGAAAUCUCCAUCAUCAUCCGUUGCUCUCAUCGACACCAGGCUGAGAUGCGCUGAUCCAGAAAGCUUGUCAGGGGUUCUUUUCACUGAGGCGGAGUUGCAGAGGUGCCAGGGCCCUCGUGUGCACACGGCCGUAGCUCGUGUACGAAGCUCACUGGGCAACAACGUCCUGCUGCGCUGUGGCACUGUUGGAGUCCCCAUCCCCGAGCUGUCCUGGAGCCGCGCUGAUGGCAAGAAAAUGAACGGCACCAUUCAGGAAGAGAUUUCAAAGGAGGGCAUCAUUUGGUCGAUUCUGAGCGUACCUGCAGUCGCCUACCGAGAUUCUGGGAAGUAUGUGUGCAAAGCAAGCAACUUUGUGGGCACCGCAGACGCCAUUAUCUCUUUGGUGAUCACAGAUUCCAUUCAGUCAGAGGAAGCGAGUGCUGGUGUCUCUAAGAGAACCAGAGGGAAGAAACCUGGUGGUAUUGGAAGGGCGGCAUACCAGGAGAAACUUAUUGCCAGAUAUGUUCCUCCACCAACCGCCAUGGCUGCCCAGCCCAUCAUCGAACCUCUCAAUGGCAAAGGCGUGACUGGAAAGUAUGAGAUUGAGAGCUACAGCAUCUCUGCCGGUGCUUCCGAUGGACGAGGCAAGGCGUCAGACCCUAAGAAACCGGUGGAGGUGGAUGCUCUGAGCAAUUUAGCAGCCAAUGCCUCAUCCUUACAGCAGGCUCCGGAGAAAAGGGUUGUGCGUUCCGUGAAGGUGAUUGGUGAUACCGACCAUACUGUCUCUUUGAACUGGAGAGCCCCUACAGCCACAAACACCACAGAAUUCAGUGUCCUCUAUGCUGUUUUUGGUGAGAGAGACAUGCGCCGGGUCAACGUAGGUGCCGGAAAGAACCGCAUCACCAUCGACAGCCUUGUGCCAAAGACGAAGUAUAUUGCUUGUGUUUGCGUCAAAGGUCUGAUCCCAAAAAAGGAGCAGUGUGUAAUCUUCUCAACAGAUGAAGCGGCCAGUGCUAGUGGCACUCAGAAGCUCAUUAAUGUGGUGGUGAUAACAGUGGCCUGCGUGAUCGCUGUCCCCCUUACUCUGAUUGUGUGCUGCGGUGCGUUAAAGAAGCGCUGCAAAAAGCUGCUGGGGCGGCAGUCCAAGGAAGUACAGGACUCGUACGUCACGUUUGAGACCCUGGGCCCCGGGACCAAAGCUAAAGGGAUGGAGGGCGAGUAUCUGACUAGGAUGAAUCCUGACGAAUCCAACAGGUUGCUCUCAGCGAGGUCCAGUGUUGACUCGGGGGCCACAGCCAGGACUGAGGGGCCACCUAACGAGUACUUCUGCUAAAACCAAACGAAUGCCUCAACCUUCAGAUGAUGCACUUUGUUUUCUAACGGCCUCUGAUGUGAAUAGAUAACUGCUGUGCUCAGAGACUCAACGGACUAAGGACAGAGGACACUGAUAGAUCUGUCAGCAUUUGAUAUAUGAAGUUGUUUUACAGCCUUGUGGAAAUAAAAACAACCAUUCAUUUGGCGGACGGCAAAAAAGGGAAAAUAUACACAGUGACACAGUUUCAAUAUUUACAUGGUGUACAUUACAUGUGUAAAAACAACUUUUUUUAUUUGUCAUGCACUUUUAAAGGUUAUGUUUUGCAGAGGAAACUACUGCCCUACACUGUCUAAAACCCAAUCAUUUGAAGUUAUUCCGAGAUGUAACCUCUACAUUGUGUUAAAAUCAGUUUUUAAAACAUAAAGUAUUUAGAGAAAUGAUGAACCAACAGAUAUUAGUUUAUUUUGUAUGUCAGUAUGAUGUUAAUGUGCCAGCUUUACUGUUGGUUCAAAAAACCUAAUAUACUGUACAUUUUAUAAUGUGUAAAUAUUUGUGACCUGAAAUAUAUGUGUUUGUUUGAAUGUACUGUAUAAAAAUAAAUAUUUUUCAUAUUGAUA